GCAAACACCUGAAAAGUCAGUGGAAGAAACUGAUAUUACCAGAGACCACGGACUUCUGACAACAGACAUCAAAGCUGAGUUCCCAUCAGCAGAUAAAGUGUUCCUAGAGAAAGGAGAAUUCAACAUUUUUAGUCACCAGUGGAACAGGCAAACUUCAGUGACAUGCAGAAGUGAUCAGAUGCCUACAAUUGAAGAAGAUGCAGAUCAUCUGCCCAAUGGUGGAAAUCAUGAGAAAGUCAUUGCUGGAGAAAGUAUCUGCAGUGUACCGACAAAGUCCUUGUCUGAGGUUUCUAAAGGCUCUAGUCUACAGGUUACAAGACAACAGCCACAACAAGACUGUUUAUCCAACAACAGCGAAAGUUAUGUAGCAGCCAACACUCUGGUUUUGAACCAAGCUGGGAUUGCCCCAAGUCCGAACGCUGAGGCCAAUAACUGUGCUAGUGUGGGUGACUCAUCCCAGAGACCUGUAUUUGUCUCCUGCCCCAAUGCUGAAGAGCUGCUUAAGAGCCAGGAAUAUCAGGUGCUUAUAGAACAGGAGAAACGUCUGCUGAGUCGGGAGUUGAGUGUUGAUGAAAAGCGUAGAUCAGCACCAUAUGGCAGUGUCUUCACACUGGCUAGUGAGGCCGGUAGGGCUAUUGAGGUUCUGCUAAUAGAGGAAAUGAUGUCACAGGAUGAGAGACAGGGCUUGAGCAGAUGGCGCCGCCUGUAUGACAGGUCAUCGCUGGGAUUAUGGUCGUUCCGGAUGACUUUAAUCGCAGCCUUGCCUGGUACAGUCAACCAGUAUCUUGUAGCCUACUUACCAACAAUUACCAACGCCCAGGGAGCAACCUUCGACCAGGCAGCUAAUUUAGUCACCAUUAUGGGUGCUGUGGACUUGAUCAGUCGCUUGGUCAUGGGUGUCAUCGCUGACACAAAAGUUCUACCUCCGUCACGAAUGCUGUCUAUAGCUCAGAUCAUUAUGGGUACCGUCUGCCAGUUUGUGUGGGCUUUCACCAGUUUCCCACUGCUGAUUUUGAUGGUGAUACUGAUGGGUUUCUUUGUGGGAUCCCGGGUCUCAUUUUUACCUCUGGUUUGUAAUGAAGUAGUGGGCAGUGAGAGGAUGCCUCAAGCUUACAGUAUUUCUGCCAUGUCUACAGCCCUGGUGGGAGCCAUGUGGAGCCCUAUCUUAGGUCUAAUUGCUGAAUCUACGAAGUCUUUCCUGGUGGUCAUGCAUUUUAUCGGCACCGGCUACAUCCUGAGUGGCUUGUUGAUGCUGACACUUCCUGCAUUUACUCGGCGGGAAAAAAAACGUCAGCUGACACUGGAAAAUGACGAUGUUAAAGAUGCAGACACAUCCAGUGUUGUGAAAUGA